CCUGCGAUUGAUACUCAUCCUCCGUAUUAUACAAUGUGAGAGACCCAUGGUAAUUGGGCAAUAAUGAUUAUUUUUGAUUGAUUUCGUUCUAUCUUUGCUGCCAAAAUCACAUACAACCACUGUUAUCAAAGCUCUGGAGAUCUACAUUGCCAACUCAUGGCUGACAGCAAUGAGGCAGUCAACAUUUAUUCACUCCCUAACGAGCUCCUCGUACAAAUCCUGACUCCUUUCACGACACGAUCGUUGCUUCCUCUCACCAGCGUAUCACAUCGAUUCCACGCCAUCAUUCUACGCAUCCUACACUACAGACUUCUCCUCGCAGCAUCGCUUCAAGAAUACAAAUUAAUAUUAGAGUGCUUUCACCCAAGCUCAAGGCUAACCGACCCGCACUCUUUCUGCACGUACCUUGGAACUCCCGGCCUGAGCAACAAUUACGAAGGGAAAGGGUCCUUGUAUGAGAACUGCAAGACUGCAGAGAAACUCUCACGGUUGUCUUCCGUUUACUCCAGGUUUAGACCCGAUCAUAUCACUACGGAUCAAGAAUCGCGCUCGAAUAAUGUUUUUCAACCCCCGACAGGCACCAAUGGGGUAUCCGAAAAUUCAUUGACCGGAGCUCAUCAUGACGUGGUUGAAGCGAACAGUCAUAUAAGCAAUGAAAUUCGAUUUUUCAAAAAGCAGAUAAGCCUUGACGAGUUUGAAAGCUUUUCGCAACUAUGUACCAUGGUGAAUCUCGUGAAAGUCGCCAACAAUUCAACGCGGCUGCUCAGUGCACUCAAUGUGGAGGAGGGAGUUAUCCGCAUAUAUAAAGACUGGCUUAGGGAGCAAUCAAAACGCGACCAUAUCAAUACCGACGAUAGUAACCUCCCCGACGACGACGAGGGUAUUUUAUGGGUUGAUACUGCUAAAAAUGUCGGUUUGAAAGUUCGCGUCAAAGAGAGAAGAUGGAACCGCGAGGCACCCAUUUUAAUUCAUCGGGACGAAGAGCUUGCAACCACAUAUGAGGUCGAGAUAGAAGAAAUUCGAAUACGUACAACUCGCUUGUUACUAACAGUAGAGCAGUCUCUGGCCGAACAGCAGAAUUAUUUUAAAGCGAUUAUUAUAGGCCCAGUUCAUUCAGCGGCAAUCUAACAUAAUUUGCAAUUAGGUAAAACCCGAGCAAAUAACAUAAAAUGUCUCUACCGUGUAUUUGAAAGACAUCGAGAUUCUCCCUCCGGCGGCCUACUGCAACUACAAAUUUGCCCUGCUCGAUUAACCGUUCAGCCAGCAGUGGAAACUUAACAUUGAACGGAGUUAUCUUUAAAUAUGUGCGCAUCACGCUAUAAGGAUAAAGUGAAGCUUUGGGUACACGAAGCCGGUAGAUCAAACAACAGAUUGGAUAUAUUUGCGUGUGCAUCAAUUGGCGUAUAUGUUUCUGGUUGUGUUUAUCCUCCGUAUGGAAGCUGCCCGAUAUUUAAAGAGUUCAAUGCUUAACUAAUAAACUAUACCUACAUAUG